UGGGAAACCGUGCAUCUGUCGCUGAGGGAGAAAUGCAUGCCUUAAGACACGACAUACUUCCGCCUAGUGGUGUUGAGUUUGCAACGACACUCAAGCUCACGCCCUCAACUAUCACUGGAUCUUCCAGCCAAGAAAAGUUACCUCGUGUUCUUACCAACGUCGUUGUCUCAAGAUCUAACCUCUUGCGCAUUUUCGAAGUGUGGGAGCAACCCCCGCAAAUCUCAACUUAUAUUGAAGAUGAGCGAGAGCGGAGGGCUCAUGUACGAAAGGGCACUGAGGCUGUGGAGGGCGAAGUAGAGAUGGACGAGGGUGGAGAAGGGUGGGUUAAUAUGGGGUCUGUGAAGGCUGCUGCAAAGAAAGAUCCUUCCAUGGUGUCACGCUUUCACUUUGUGCGAGAGCACACUCUGCAUGGCACUGUCACUGGCAUGGAGAGCGUGCGCAUUAUGUCAACAUAUGAGGACCAACUAGAUCGUCUAUUAGUGUCCUUCAAGGAUGCCAAGAUAGCUCUCCUUGAGUGGUCAGACGCUGCACACGAUCUUGUCACCGUUUCGAUACAUACGUAUGAGCGAGCGCCUCAGAUGGUUUCAUUAGACAGUCCCCUUUUCAAAACAGAAUUGCGUGCAGACCCCUUGUCACGAUGUGCAGCACUAUCGCUUCCAAAGGAUGCAUUCGCCAUUCUUCCGUUCUUUCAGACCCAGGCGGAACUCGACACAAUGGAGCAGGAACAAAACCAUACAAGAGACGUACCGUACUCUCCAAGUUUCGUGCUAGACCUCGUCAACGAUGUCGAUGAGCGCAUUCGAAACGUCAUAGACUUUGUUUUCCUUCCUGGAUACAACAACCCGACAGUCGCUGUACUUUGCCAAUCUGAGCAGACGUGGGCUGGUCGUCUCAAGGAGUACCGUGACACGGCUCGCCUCUACAUCUUUACCUUGGAUCUCAUGAGUCGCAAUUACCCCAUUAUCACGGCUGUCGAUGGUCUCCCUUACGACAGCGUGUCUCUCAUCCCCUGCGCAACUUCACUUGGAGGUGUCAUCGUCCUCACAAGUAAUUCCAUCAUAUAUGUCGAUCAAGCAGCGCGCCGCGUGGGCCUUCCUGUGAAUGGCUGGGCCGCACGCGUCAGCGAUAUGCCAAUGCCUCCAGCAGACAAAGACCUUGGCCUGUGUCUCGAAGGUAGUCGACUCGUGUUUGUCGAUGAAAAGACUUUCUUUGUCAUUCGAAAAGAUGGCAUGAUACACCCCAUUGAGAUUAUCCUAGAUGGGAGGACUGUAUCCAAAUUAGUGCUACUACCCGUUAUUGCUCAGACGACUAUACCAGCUGUCGCCAAACUACUAAAUGACGACCUGCUUUUUGUGGGAAGCAUGGUUGGACCGUCGGUAUUAAUGAAGACGGCUAGAGAAGAGGUACCUCUCGAGCUUCCUGCUCAGCAAACUGGUGCUGCCACCACUAUCGAUUUUGCUGAUAGUAUGGAUCUAGACGAUGACGAUGAUCUAUACGGUGAUUCACAGACCGCCGCACAGGCGACUGUUGGAGCAACAUCGGGAACCAGUGCUGCGACAAAGACUCGUUCCGUCAUUCACCUUUCAUUGUGCGACUCGUUACCUGCAUAUGGCCCAAUCGCUGAUAUGACAUUUUCUCUUGCUAAGAAUGGAGAACGUUUUGUCCCGGAACUUGUUGCUGCCACAGGAGCAGGUCAUCUAGGCGGAUUCACCCUUUUCCAGCGCGACCUUCCGACGCGCACAAAACGGAAACUACAUGUACUUGGAGGGGCACGAGGAAUCUGGUCUCUUUCCGUUCGCCAGUCCCAACGUGUUAAUGGUCUCUCUUAUGAGAAGGCUACAGGCCCAUUUUCAGCUGAAAUUGACACGAUAAUAAUUAGCACAGACGCUAAUCCUACGCCAGGUGUUUCGCGGAUAGCAACCCGAACCACAAAGACCGAUGUCUCUAUUCCGACUCGCAUACCCGGGACAACUAUAAGCGCCGCCCCGUUCUUCCAGCGUACCACCAUAUUGCAUGUCAUGACGAAUGCCAUCCGUGUGCUGGAGCCCGACGGUAAUGAAAGACAAGUUAUCAAAGAUAUGGACGGUAGUUUGCCUCGGGCAAAAAUUAAAUCAUGCAGUAUCUGUGAUCCUUUUGUGCUUAUCCUGCGAGAAGACGAGUCUAUCGGUCUUUUCAUUGGUGAAACGGAGCGAGGAAAGAUUCGACGCAAAGAUAUGUCUCCAAUGGGUGACAAGUCAUCUCGUUAUAUUGCGGGCUGUUUCUUCACGGAUACUAUCGGCCUUUUCGACAUAGAGGCGACCGAAACUACCCCUGCGGCAGCACACGCAGAUAAGAAUACAUCUACACUGCAGGCGGCUGUAGCAGCUGGCAACAGAAGUCAGUGGCUCGUGCUCGUGCGACCGCAGGGCGUCAUGGAGAUCUGGUCACUACCGAAGUUGACUCUUGUGUUCUCAACCACUGCUAUCUCUACGUUGGAGAACAUAUUAGUAGACGUCCGGGCUCCUGCUGCUUUGUCUUUACCACAAGACCCCCCCAGAAAGCCUCAGGAUCUUGACAUCGAUCAAAUUCUUGUUGCACCCUUAGGCGAAACGUCUUUGGUUCCCCAUCUUUUUGUCUUCACGCGCUCGGGAAACAUGGCCAUUUAUGAAGCCUUGCCGGCGCCUACUUCCACCGAACAAGCAGAUCCUCUUCUACCUAACCCACGGACUGCGUUUUUGAAGGUCAAGUUCCACAAAGUUGUGUCCAAAACCUUUGAAAUCCAGAGAGUUGAGGAGACGGAGAGAACUGUGCUUGCAGAGCAUAAGAGAAUCUCGCGGACAUUUGUUCCAUUUGUGACUUCCCCAAACAUGGAGUGUACCCUUGCUGGCGUUUUCUUCACGGGUGAUAGACCAUGCUGGAUCAUAGCCACCGAUAAGGGCGGAUUAAGGGUGGUACCCUCAGGACAUACUGUCGUUCACGCAUUCACUGCGUGUUCUCUUUGGGAGUCCAAGGGAGAUUUUCUCCUGUAUUCUGACGAGGGUCCCACUCUCCUUGAAUGGGCUCCAGAAGUCCAACUUGACAGUUGUCUACCGUACCGCAGUGUUCCUCGAUCACGUGCAUACUCUAACAUUGUAUUCGAACCAUCGGCCUCGUUGAUAGUGGCCGCUUCCUCAUUACAAGCCCGCUUUGCUUCCUAUGACGAAGACGGUAACAUUAUUUGGGAACCUGAUGGGAAUGGCGUUUCCUUCCCUUGUGCCGACUGCUCGACGCUCGAGCUGAUUUCGCCGGAACAUUGGGUUACCAUGGAUGGUUACGAAUUUGCGUCCAAUGAAACUAUCAACGCCCUGACUUGUGUUUCCCUUGAAACAACAAGCACGGAAAGUGGGACCAAGAAUUUCAUUGCUGUGGGAACAACAGUAAACCGAGGAGAAGAUCUGGCUGUAAAGGGAGCGACAUACAUUUUCGAGGCUGUUGAGGUUGUUUCCGAUCCUAAUUGGACACCGAAAAGAUGGUACAAAUUGAAGUUGCGAGUAAAGGAUGACACGAAAGGCCCCGUAACAGCUGUGUGCGGCAUAAAUGGUUAUCUCGUGUCAUCUAUGGGCCAGAAGAUUUUUAUUCGCGCUCUUGAUCUGGAUGAACGCCUAGUUGGCGUUGCCUUCCUAGAUGUUGGCGUCUACGUGACAUCACUGCGCUCAAUGAAGAAUCUUCUCUUGAUCGGAGAUGCCGUAAAGAGUGUCUGGCUGGUGGCUUUCCAAGAAGAUCCGUAUAAACUCGUCACACUCGCCAAGGACGUGCGAAGGAGGCAUGCCACAACUGUGGACUUCUUCUUUGCUGGGGGAGAUUUGGCUAUUGCUAGUGAAGACGAAGAGGGGGUCCUAAGGUUAUUUGCAUAUGACCCUUCCGAUCCCGAGUCUCGAGGAGGUCAGCAUUUAUUGUGCCACACAGAGUUCCACAGUCAUAAAGAGUGCCGCUCAACCAUUACGAUUGCUCGGCGUACGAAAGACGAACAACUCAUCCCUCAAGCAAAACUGAUGUCUGGAUUUACGGAUGGAUCCCUAUCAGCCCUCACACCCGUAGAUGAAGCUGUUUUUAAACGACUACAACUUAUGCAAGGGCAAUUGACACGAAAUAUGCAGCACACUGCUGGAUUGAAUCCAAAAGCCCAUCGAAUCGUGCGAAAUGACGCCGUGUCCAAGCCUUUAUCCAAGAGUGUCCUUGAUGGCCAACUCCUUAGCGAAUUUCAAGUCUUGGGUAUCAGUCGUCAGAAUGAAAUCACGCGACAGAUUGGCACAGAGAGAGCUCUUGUUUUGCAUGACUGGUCUUCUCUCGUUGUUCCAUGGUAG